AUGCUCAAUGAAAAUUUGAAAAAACAUUAUAAACCCAAUGAAUCCAUAACUGUAGAUGAACAAUUGUUCCCUUAUAAAGGACAUACAAAAUUUACGCAAUUCAUGCCGUCCAAACCAGCAAAGUAUGGUAUAAAAAUCUUCUGGACAUGCGAUUCUUCAAACGCUUAUCCUCUACAAGGACAAAUUUACACAGGAAAACCAUUAGACGAGCAACGUCAAGUCAAUGUUGGUGAAAAGACGGUCUUAGAUUUGGUACAAUUUUACAAAGGUUCAGGGAGAAAUAUUACUAAAGACAAUUUUUUUACCAGCUUGCAACUGGCUCGAGUUUUAAAUUCGUGGCGUAUGACUUUAGUAGGUACCGUUAGAAAAGAUAAACCAUGGCUACCCUCUAACAUGCAGGCAUCAAAAGAUAGAGCAAUCUUAUCUACAAAUUUUGCAUUUCGUGAAAACGAAACUCUUUGCUCAUACGUGCCCAAAAGAAACAAAUCAGUUGUCUUGUUGUCAUCAAUGCAUGGCACAGCUGAAGUAGAAGAAAAUUUGACAGCUAAGCCGAGUAUUAUCAAAUAUUACAAUAAAACCAAAAGUGGCGUUGACACAAUGGAUAAAAUGGUGACGGAAUAUACAACAAAACGUAGAACAAAUCGUUGGCCGCUUGCGUUAUUUUACAAUAUCACAGAUGUUGCUGCCCUGGCUUCUUACAUUAUAUUUUUGGAACAUAAUGAAAACGUUAGACGCACUGAUAGCCGACGACUUUUUUUGAAAGACCUUGCAAAACAGUUAUGCCUUCCUGCCAUACAGAAUCGCUCCAGCAUUCCAAGAGUGAUGGGACACUACUUUACACGUACUUCAAUUGAAAUUGUACUUGGGCAGGAAUUGUUUCAAGAAGUGGUUGCUGAAGACCACAGUCAGACACCCCGUGACAAAACUGGACGCAUACCCGUAGUAGGCAGUUGCUUUAUUUGCAGAGAAUUGAGUCACAAGCAACGCAAAACUAGAAAAGUUUGUUCGAUUUGUCACAAACCGAUCUGUAAUGAACAUUGUGUAAAUAAACCAACCUGUAACAUUUGUAAACAAAAGGCUCAAUAA